AUGAAUACUCAGCCUGUUCUCUCCCUUACCCUGGCCUCCUUCUUCUUCUUCUUCGGAGCUCAAGCAGCCACAAUCACUUUCACCAACAGGUGCCCAUACACUGUAUGGCCGGGAACUCUAACCGGCGACCAAAAGUCUCAACUACCCACAACUGGGUUCGAGUUGGCUAGCGGAGCGUCCAACACUGUGGGCGUUCCGUCUCCAUGGUCGGGCCGCUUCUGGGCGCGAAGCGGCUGUUCUAAUAAUGCCGGAAAAUUCACUUGCGCCACCGCAGACUGUGGCUCCGGCCAACUAGCAUGCAACGGCGCUGGUGCGGCCCCACCCGCAACCCUAAUGGAACUCACCGUAGCGGUAAACGGCGGACAGGAUUUCUACGACGUGAGCAACGUGGACGGGUUCAACGUCCCCAUGUCCAUAGCUCCGCAAGGUGGAACUGGAGCGUGCAAGCCAUCUAGCUGUCCGACGAACAUCAACGCGGCGUGCCCGGCGGAGCUGCAAGUGAGGGGCUCAGGUGGGAACGCGAUCGCGUGCAAGAGCGCUUGCUUGGCUUUCAAUCAGCCUCAGUAUUGUUGUACUGGGAGCUUUGGGACGCCGGCUACUUGCCCUCCCACUGAUUACUCAAAGUUUUUCAAGCAGCAAUGUCCUGAUGCUUACAGCUACGCUUUUGAUGAUAAGAGCAGCACCUUCACUUGUUCUGGAGCUCCUAACUAUGCCAUCAUGUUCUGUCCUUGAACCUGAGGUUGAAGAUGAUCUCUCAUAAUUAUCAUUAAGUGCUCUACAUGAUAUAUAAUAAUGG